UAUCAUGAGUGAGUGAGGGAGGGGGAGGGUGGGCAAUGGCUUGCUCAUCGUUGAGUUUCCCUGCGGCAGCAAAGCAAAGGUGUACGACCUCCUCAGCUUCUCUCUCUCCCUCUUCAAGGUCUCUCAACCACGGCACGUCACAGCUUUCUCUAUCCUCUUUUGGCGUUUCCACGCCAUCUCUCUACUUCGACGAAACCCUAAUCCGACGUCGUUAUGGGAGAAAGCCGUCGCGAAUCAGUCCCAAUGUUCAGGUGGCAUCAGCGAGUAAGCCAGAGCCUUUGAAGGUUAUGAUAUCUGGGGCUCCUGCUUCAGGUAAAGGGACGCAAUGUGAGUUGAUCACUAAGAAAUAUGGUUUGGUGCAUAUUGCGGCUGGAGAUUUACUGAGGGCAGAAGUUGCCGCUGGAAGUGAAAAUGGUAGGCGCGCGAAGGAAUGUAUGGAGAAAGGGCAGUUGGUUCCAAACGAAAUAGUUGUUAUGAUGGUGAAGGAUCGUCUAUUGCAAUCGGAUUCUCAAGAAAAUGGCUGGCUUUUGGAUGGAUAUCCUAGAAGCUUAUCGCAAGCAAAUGCUCUUAAAGAAUUUGGGUUCCAACCAGACCUUUUUAUUCUGCUAGAAGUCCCUGAAGAGAUUCUUGUUGAGAGAGUGGUUGGGCGUAGGCUAGAUCCUGUUACUGGGAGGAUAUACCACAUAAAGUAUUCUCCCCCAGAGACUGAAGAAAUUGCUGCUAGGCUUACCCAACGGUUUGACGACACAGAGGAAAAGGUAAAGCUGCGUUUGCGCACUCAUCAUCAAAAUGUGGAGUCGGUUCUCUCAAUGUAUGAAGACAUCACAGUCAAGAUCAAUGGAAAAGCUCCAAAGGAGGAUGUAUUUGCUCAAAUUGACAAUGCAUUGACAGAACUUCUUAAGCAGAAGGAUUCAUUGGGAUCGGUGGCAGCAUAAAAAAAGAAAAUGAAAAGAAGAAAAAAGAUUAGGAAGAAGAAUUUGAAGACUACUUUGGGAGCAAUUGCCAUGGUUCUCUCUCCUCUAAUACAGAAAUUUAUCGAUGAGGUAUAGACAAAAAUAAUAGCAAUUUGCGUUUGUGUGAGUUUGUAAUGCUCAACCCCCCGCCCUAAAGAAGUAGCUUUUCCAACUAUUGUAUUGUCAUUCAUUAAUGCUAUAUUCGUUUUUUCAUAUUAGAGUUGUGAGAGGAGUGCAACACAGCUCAAAUUUAUACUACUUACAGUUGCCAGUCCAUUCAGUUGCUGCCGUUGACGAUGAAUUUGAUCUCGAAAAAAGAACGGUGCAAAAUUUGAUUCCUUUUUCUUUGUUUUUAUUUGCUUGCUUUUGUUAAUUUAGUUGGUUUGUAUGUCUGGCUUCACCAUUAGAUUGAUAUCUAAUGUUCUCUCGGUUGCUGCUGUUGUUAAUGGUUUGUUUCUACUGUGGAAUGGUGUCCAACUACAGAGUCCGAAAGUCUGAGAUAUUCGACUACAUUUAUGUGAGUAGGGAUGAUGUCAUCAUGAUAUCAUCAUAUUCAUCUCCACUCACAUAAAAGAGUCGGAUUACAUUUAUGUGAGCGGGAAUGAUGUCAUCACGAUAUCAUCAUAUUUAAUGACAUCACCAUUCACAUAAAAGAGUUAGUACAUCUGUCUGAUUCUCGGAGUACUUAUCAUUUUUCUAGCAAGAUUCUAUCUUGUUGAAUUCUGAGAUCCUUGAGAGUUCUUGGUUAUAAUGGUGGUUUGAAUGUAGUGUAAAAUGGUGUAGAACCUUUUUCGUUGUAUUUUUCAUUUUGUUUUCUUGGUUCGUUCAAGUCUUUUAUGUCUCCACGCUGCUAGUUUUUGCUAAAGUCUUGAAUUAAUGUUUUCCACUCCCAGUUGCUAGUAAUUUUUUUUUUUCCAAUUUGUUUUGUUAUAUAUUGACAAUUAAAAGAAGUACUUUGACUUUCUUGUGCCAA